AUGAAUAAAAUUAAUUUGACCAACAUUACAAAUAAUGAAAUAUUUACUUAUUCAACUAUUUUGAUUAAAGGAUCUGUCAACAUACACAACGAAUCAAGUAUAAUACUUAAACAUUACUCAAACAAUGGUAAACAACUGGCAGAAUCUCACUGGGCGGUUAUUAAAAAUAAAUUUAAAAUAAUAAUAGAAUUAAAAAUUGGCGAUAAUAUGUUGGUUUUUAAAAUCGGCAAUGAAGUCUUAAACACAAAAUUAGUAUACAAACAAAGAGUUACUAACUAUACUGUGUGUCCAGUUUAUAUAAUUUGUGCUGAUCAUGAUGGUAGAUUUCAGGCCCCUGUAAAUCAUGAUAAUUCUGUUCAAAACGCUUGCAAUAAAAUAACAUUAUGCUCCAAAUUAAUUCAAAUGUUGACAGCUGAAAAAAUGUAUGAAAAAGGUUUUGGAAAGAAAACAUUUCAAGUUGAAAAAGAAUGUCGAAUAAUUAAAAGCUCCUUGACAAGACGUACAGUAUUUAACAUGCAUCCUGAAAAAUUAUGGGAGUAUAUAGCUAGAGAGUUGACUAAUGGCCAAAAUUCUAAAACUAGAAAAUAUUUAGCCUUCCUAUCAUGUACCUAUUGGGAUGGACAGAAUUUACAUGGGCAUGUUGCUCUGGGUGGUGGUGGACUGGCAUUAUUUGGAACAGGUUGUCUCUACACUUGGCCUAGUAAGUUAGAGGAAGUUUUACCAUGUUUCAUGAACAUGGCAAAAGUCGAUACUGGCACAUUAUUGGAUGACAGCUGCUUCAGAGGAAAUUUUGGUGGAUGCUUUAGCACAACCUUAGGUUCUGUAUGGCAUGAAUUGGGACAUACAUUUGAUUUAGGCCAUUCAAAAUAUGGCAUAAUGGGAAGAGGAUUUGAUAAUGUUCAUUUGAUUUUUACACUGGACAAUAAAAAUAUUGCUCAAGAAAUAAAGCCAGCUAAUAAAGGAUAUAUAAUAUGUAUUGAAAAUUACUCAAACACUAUUAAUAUGAAGGAUGAUAUGUCUAAUAAUAACAAUACAAAUGGAAAUGAAGCAAUAGAUGAGUAUGAUUCAAAACACAUAAUUUGUUGGUCUAUGGGAUGUGCAUCAAUACUUUCCUUUCAUAAAUGGUUUAAUGAUUUUAAAGAAGAAAAUAACAAUGAAAACACUAUUGAUUAUGUAACUAAAAGAAAUUUAUUGACUUCAAGAAAUGGCUUAAGAGUGGUUCAAUUAAGAAGAGAGGAUGGGCUUGUCAUGCAUUCGUGGGAAUUUGUUAAAAAUAAUAACAAACGUACAUUUAUUCUUCCAGUACAGUUAGCAAAUAAAGGUAUAACUAUUGUUGCUGAAGAUUCUAAUGGAAAUAUCUUAAAACAUUUACUUUAAUUUACAUUACAUUUUGAGAAUAAG